AGAGAGAGCUCCCACCUUCGUGUACCUCGGGGCCCAGCACCGUGUGUGUGUGUGUGUGUUUGUUCGGGCGGGGACCGUGAGAAGGGUACGUACAAGUCGUACUGUAUGUGUUCCCAAGUACCCGAACGGCGACCGCAACCGCUACCACCACCGCUUCGAGCACGACACCUCCCACCGCCACCCUUACACCGCCGUCAACGUGGGCGUGGGGGGGGGGGGGGUAACCACCGGUGUCGUUGCCUCCUCCCUCCCCCAUCUACGUCUAGUGCUUUCGUUCUCCUCAUGUUUUCACCCCUCCGCUGCCGUUUCAAUGCCCACUUUUGUUUUUGUUUUUUACUUCUCUGUUUUGUUCUUUGA